GAGGCAGUGUGUGUUGAGAAACGGUCAUUGUCAGUGUGCGGAUUGCCGGUGGCGAGAUAGGAUUUCUGUAGCUGGUCGGGCCACGCUAUUUGGGCUCACGUAGGAAUCGCGGAUGAGUGUUAAAUUAUCCGUUUGUGAUUAUAAGCAUACUUCUAGGGGGGGUUAAUGUUCAUCACAUCUAACAUACAUGCGAUUCAUUUGUUGUAUAUUUUACAUUUUACAUGAGCGCAUUUAUUGUUUUCUUCCUGCGCGUCUUGUCCUCCCCAAAGCCACAACGUGUGGAGAGGUAACACUUCGCUGUGCUACUGCGAAGAGGAGGCUGUCAUGAGAACAAGGCCCAUUCUGAAGACUGGCCUGAAGUGAGGGAAGAGAGGCUCUCUUUGAGCACAUGAAAGUGUGGUGGAAAGUGGAAACAAGACAUUGGGUCAUUACCUGAUCUUUACACCCAUUCACACCUCUCCCCAAGUGUGAAAGUGUGAGCUGUUCUGCUGGAGGAAAUUCCCGAUGAACACUUCUGGUUGCUGACAUUUUCGCACGUGCUAUCAAGGUAAUUGGGUCCUGGACAACCGCCUCACCUUUGCAGACAGAAAGCAGAGACAGCAUGGCAAGCAGGCCUGCCUCUCCCUUGUCGGGCCGGCUGUGCGUGGUACUGACGCUGGCCCUGGCUGGACUGUCCUUGGUGCAUAGCAGCGACUGUCCCCAGCUGUGCGUGUGUGAGAUCAGGCCCUGGUUCACCCCCCAGUCCACCUACAGGGAGGCCACCACAGUGGACUGCAAUGACCUUCGGCUCACCCGCAUCCCCAGCAACCUGUCCAGUGACACGCAGGUGCUCCUCCUGCAGAGCAACUACAUCGCCCGCACCAGCGAGGAGCUGGAGCAGCUCUUCAACCUGACCGAGCUGGACCUGUCACAGAACAACUUCAGCAGCAUCCGGGAUGUGGGCUUGACCAACAUGUCCCAGCUCACCACACUGCACCUGGAGGAGAACCAGAUCACUGAGAUGCCCGAUUACUGCCUGCAAGACCUGGCCAACCUGCAGGAGCUCUACAUCAACCACAACCAGAUCAGCUCUAUCUCUGCUAAUGCCUUCUCUGGACUGCGCAACCUGCUACGGCUGCACCUUAACUCUAACAGACUGAAGAUUAUCGACAGCCGCUGGUUCGAGUCUACCCCCAACCUUGAGAUACUCAUGAUUGGGGAAAAUCCUGUCAUCGGCAUUCUGGACUUUAAUUUCAAGCCUCUUGUUAACCUAAGAAGCCUUGUGUUAGCUGGAAUGGACUUAACUGAUGUUCCUGGGAAUGCACUUGUAGGGCUUGACAACUUGGAAAGCCUCUCCUUUUAUGACAACAAACUAGUCAGAGUACCACAGCUUGCCCUGCAGAAGGUACCCAAUUUGAAGUUUUUGGAUUUGAACAAAAACCCUGUGCACAAAAUUCAAGAGGGAGACUUCAGGAACAUGCUGCGCCUUAAAGAGCUGGGCAUGAACAACAUGGCAGAGUUGGUCUCCAUUGAUCGCUAUGCACUCGACAACCUCCCAGAGCUGACAAAGUUAGAGGCCACUAACAACCCUAAGCUGUCGUAUAUCAACCGACAAGCUUUCCGUGAUGUCCCAUCUCUGGAGAGCCUCAUGCUGAACAACAACGCUCUGAACGCCCUCUACCAGAGGACAAUGGAGUCGCUGCCUAACCUGCGGGAGAUCAGCAUCCACAGCAACCCGCUGCGCUGCGACUGUGUCAUCCAGUGGAUGAACUCCAACAAGACCAGCAUCCGCUUCAUGGAGCCCCUCUCCAUGUUCUGCGCCAUGCCGCCCGAGUUCAGGGGCCAGCACGUGAGGGAGGUGCUGCUGCAGGACUCCACUGAGCAGUGCCUGCCCAUGAUCUCCCACGACUCCUUCCCCAACCACCUCAACCUGGACAUCGGCAUGACGGUCAGCCUAGACUGCCGCGCUAUGGCCGAGCCUGAGCCCGAGAUCUACUGGGUCACACCAAUGGGGAACAAGAUCACAGCUGACACCCUGUCCGACAAGUACCACCUGAGCAGUGAGGGCACCCUAUGCAUUUCACAUGUACAGGUGGAGGACUCAGGCCGGUACACCUGCGUGGCCCAGAACGUCGAGGGUGCCGACACACGGGUAGCCACCAUUCGGGUCAACGGGACGCUCCUGGAUGGUGCCCAGGUCAUGAAGAUUUCUGUCAAGCAGACAGAGUCCCACUCCAUCUUGGUGUCCUGGAAGGUCAACUCCAAUGUCAUGACCUCCAAUCUAAAAUGGUCAUCAGCUACCAUGAAGAUUGACAACCCGCACAUAACCUACACUGCCAGGGUCCCGGUGGACGUUCACGAAUACAACCUUACCCACCUGCAGCCCGCCACUGAGUAUGAGGUGUGCCUCACUGUGUCCAACAUUCACCAGCAGACCCAGAGGUCCUGUGUGAACGUCACCACCAAGAACGCAGCCUUUGCUGUGGACAUCGCAGACCAAGGGACUAGCACUGCCCUGGCAGCCGUCAUGGGAACGAUGUUCGCGAUCGUCAGUCUGGCGUCUGUCACUGUUUACAUCGCUAAGAGGUGGAAGAGGAAGAACUACCACCACUCCUUAAAGAAGUACAUGCAGAAAACCUCCUCUAUCCCUCUAAACGAGCUCUACCCUCCCCUCAUAAAUCUGUGGGAUGCAGACAGUGAGAAGGACAAAGAAGGGUCAUCGGAGAACAAGCCCACCCAGGUGGACACAACGAGAAGUUACUACAUGUGGUGAAGUCCUUGAGACUUGGCUUCUAGGAGCACAGACACACUUUUGCUUUUUUGUGCAAAAGUAAAGUUGCGAAUUUUUUUGUAUUUUCAGCUUUGCUAUUUUUAGGCAGAGUGGUAAUGGACAUGAUUAUAUAUUUUAGUAUAGCGUAUCGCCUUUGUUCCUUAUCUUUGUUUUGGACACUCAAAAUGGCAGCUUUGUUUAGCUUCCAAGACAUCUUAGCUGAUGUGCUUUAUUUUUGUGAUGCUCUCUUUUGAUUGCACAGCUUUGGAUAUUGUCGAGGACUCUAGCUGGGGUCAAGGAUAAGUGAAGUAGGCACUUGAGUUUAUUUUGUUUGUUUCUCUGGCAGUAUUCUUAGAGAUUGCAA